UAAAUUAUCUCUGGGUUAAGUUUAUUUUCAACGCGUCGAAACCUUAUUCAUAUUUUUUCCAGUUCUUUAUUGUUUAUAGGCAGCCACUGUACAUGGCAAUAGCAUGGCCAGUCAGAAAUAUUUAGUGUGAAUAUUCAACUACACUCAUGCUGUGUAGAUAUAUGAACAAACGACAACCUUGCCGCUUAGCUAUGUCACUGAAUAUAAUGGUUGGUUAAUAUUAUAUAGCCGAUUUUGACAAACUCGAACCGAUUUCGCUGUCUGCAAUUCUGCUAUAGCAUGCAUUUAUCUGGUUGGUUUCGCUGUCUGAAAUUCAGCUACACUGUACCUAUCUUUAGGUGGUAUUUAUAUAUGAUUAUUUUGGCAAAUUCAAACCGUUUUCGGUGUCUGAAAUUCAGACACCCAAAUUUAUCUCAGUCUGCAUGGUUGAUGAUUUUGACAAACUCAAACCGUUUUCGGUGUCUGAAAUUCAGACACCCAAAUUUAUCUCAGUCUGCAUGGUUGAUGAUUUUGACAAACUCAAACCGUUUUCGGUGCCUGAAAUUCAGACACCCAAAUUUAUCUCAGUCUGCAUGGUUGGUAUUUAUAUAUGAUUUUGACAAACUCAAACCGUUUUCGGUGUCUGAAAUUCAGACACCGAAUUAUAUUUAUAUCUGACAAUGGUUGGUCUAUUUAUAUAUAUGAGUGAUAAUCUGAAUCCAGUUUAAGUCAUGUAAGCAUAUGAAUACUGCAAAUUUUCAAUUUAGCAUUAAUAAUUUCAGAAUGGUGUCUCGUUUAGACAAAAAUGUUGUUUUUUUGCAGAGUCUCUGCCAAAAAAUAGUAUUUCGAUUUGCUAAAAUGAAAUCUUCGCUCUUUUUGUUAUUUUUUUUAAUUUUUGCAGAAAAAAAAAUAGUUUAGAAUUAUUGAAAAUAGUUUGGAACGCGUUUGUUCUUGCUUCAUUAUGAAUUCAUUUUUACUCCCAUGAGAGUUCCGUGGAAUUUCCAUGGAAUUUGUGCUUUCGAGUUGUUUGUGCUGAAACGCAUUCUCUCGUAUAAUACCCCGUACACUUUGAAAUGGCGAUGCCACAAUUUACCCAGCAGCAGAGAGCUCUUAUGCAUGGUAUCAGAGUUCCUCCGUAGCAACAACAUAAACUUGGUUCGCCAAAGUUUCACGAACGAAUAUCCAGCUGAUGUACGAUGCCCUUCACGUAUUCGCACAUGAAGGGCAUCGUACAUUUGUAUAUUCCUUCGUGAAACUUUGACGAACCAAGUUUAUGUUGUUGCUACGGAGGAACUCUGAUGCCAUAAAAUCUAUCUGCUGCGGGGUAAAUUGUGGCAUCGCCAUUUGAAAGUGUACGGGAUAUUAUACAAGAAAAUGCGUUUCAGCACAAACAACUCGAAAGCACAAAUUCCAUGGAAAUUCCAUGGAACUCUCAUGGGAGUAAAAAUGAAUUCAUAAUGAAGCAAGAACAGCACCAACGGAGAAAAAUGUAACAUUUUCACAGGCUUUUCGGAGGAUUUGUACUCGGUAAAAUCCUGCCGAAAUUUUAUCAUAAAUGCAACAAAUAGCGAACUUUUCAUACAUGAGCUCAAAUAAAGAAUACCGUUUGUCAUUUCCGUGCGCAAGCCACUUUUAGGGGAGCAAAAGUUGACCACCCCCCUGAAUAGCAAAAUUUACUAUUUUCAAAUUUUUUAUAUUUUCCAUAAUUUAAGAACUCAAGCAAUCCAUAUAUAGCAAAAAUUACAUUUCAUGAACAGAAUUGUGGAAUUGAGAGCAAUUUCAAAAUUGUCUUACUUUUUUUGAUACACCCUGUAUAUACAUGAUAUAGUAAACAAAUAAUAUUGUAAAUCAAUUGAUGCAUAGCUAAUUUCUUUUUGACUACUUGUCUAUCCAAAUAUAAAGGUAUUACAGUUGCUAAAUAGAGUAAGAAUAAAAUGUCUGUCCAAAAUAAUGAAUUGGAUUGGAAAGUGAGGAGAAGACCUUCGAAAUAAACAAUGUCCUUGGGGGUGGCCCCACGUCCAUACCUUAACUGCUUCCUUAGAAACUCAAUUGUAAUGAUAGCCUAAAACCUUAAACUCGAACACUAGUAUAACAUGCCAAUCCAAUUUGUGGUGUGUAAAUGUACGAUUAAUUAGUUUCUCGUUUUUAUUUUCAGAGACAACAAUCACAGUUCCAAGGUAUGUUAGUUUAAUUUACUUUGAGAAAAAUGGCUAAAUUUCCAUUUUGCUUGCAUUUAUGUAAAUAAUUUUAUAUUUUGUUUAUAGUGCAACGAAUGGGGAGGUCCCUCUGGUAGGGCAAAUGAAUUUUUAAUUUUUACACGUCGAAUAAUGAAUAAUACUUCUAUAUUCCAUAGCUGCUGUUGUUAUUGUUGUGGUUGUGGUUGUUGUUGUUGUUUUCUUGGUUGUUUCAAUAAGGCUACUUGCUAAUUUCAAACUGUAGUUACCACUACGGGAAACACCUCCUCCACUACUUCGUAAAGAUAUUUGGGAAAUACCAAGACGUCGUGUAGAACUUGGUAAGAAGUUAGGUGAAGGUGCAUUUGGGUUUGUGUUCAAGGCUAUCGUGACAACUGGUGAGAAUUCAUCAGAAACAAAAGUUGUUGCAGUAAAAAUGGUUAAAGGUUAGAUACGUUUGCUACAUUAAAGCCAACCCCAAAUAUGAUUUUUGUAUGUGUAAUAUUUGGGUCUUUCUAAUGAGAAUAUAUCUUUAAUAAAGUUAAAACCUUGUCUUGACCAACGUUUUCACUAUCAAAGUUUCUGAAUGUGAUGUCAUUGAAAAUUGAGAUGGAGAGGGAUUUGACGACCUGAAAAAUACAAUUAAAUCUUCGACGUUUCGAGCGAAGGUCCUUCGUCGGUAAGUUUGUGACAUGGGUCGGGAAAUGUGCUUCAUUUUUCAGGUGUUGAUUCCCUAUCCAUCUUAAUUUUCUCGUGUUUUCGUACUGCCUACGACAGAUCGUUCGAAUGAUCGUUCGAUUGUAAAUUAGCGUUCCUUUGCUUGUUGCUGUAAAUAUUCAUCUAAUAGCGUCAUAUCCUGAAAUCCUGAUAGUGAAAAAGUUGAUAAUCAAGAUGGUGUUUUUUACUAUAAAAGAUAUAUCACAUUUCUUCUGAGAAUUAUCCAAAUAUUACACAUAUACGAAAAUCGAUAUCAUAUUUCGGGUUAGUGGCACUGUAAUAUUAGAUGUUGUUUCCUUAGGGCCACUGUAUAAGAAUUCCUCCCCUGCCAGUGUACCCAAUUGCAAUUCAUCACUUAACAAAUAUAAAAUAUUUUCCGUGUUGAUAUACAGUUAUAUCGACACGAGUGGAAUUGGGAAAACGAGAAAUUGCAUGGAAACACGACGCCCGAAGGGCGGAGUGUUUUCAUACAAUUUCGAGUUUUCCCAACUUCCACGAGUGUUGAUAUAACUAUAUAUCAAUACGGAAAAAAUGUUUUAUAUUUUUUUUAUAAUAUAGCAAUGUCAAAAGCCCGAAGGAUUAGGAAAAUUUCCGUGUUUACAAGCGGCAAUAAAUUUCCCGUGUUGACACUGAAUUAUAUCAACACGGGUCUUAGCCAAUCAGCGUUCAGAAUUUACAAAUGCUAUAUUAUAAAUACAAAUAAUAUAUGGAACUAAACACAUUUAAACUGGCAGUCGGACAACUACAUGCUACAGGAACCGAACCCUGGUAAUGAAGGUAAAAAGUGAAUCCACUGAUAAGCCAACACUCCUGACUUAUUUAGAAGAAGCAUCUUCAAGCGACAGACAAGAUCUUCUGGCAGAACUGGAGAUCAUGAAAAAACUGAAACCUCACCCAAAUGUUGUGAGUUUGAUCGGUGCAGUUCUAAAUGAAGGUCAGUAUAUUAGAAAGUAAUUGAGUGUUUUGUAGAUGGAAAUCAUCAAGUGUAAAUUUUAUAUACAUUAAUUAGAUCUGGCCAGGAACAGCUGCGAAAAUUGCAAUCGAAGCUGCGGCCCUGCGAUUCCAGUACAGUGCUCUAACCAACUAGGUUCGAUUCCUGCCUGCUUAAUUUGAUAACUCAUUAUUUAAUCAUUUAUUCAAUUUAAAUCAUACAUUUUUGAAAUUACCAAAAUAAUAUAAUAAAGACAGAUUAUACAGAACUAAUAGUUCCUUGUAAAUAUUUGUGACGUCGAUUCUUGAGAUUGUACAUAUUUGUGACAUAGAAACCAUGACAUCAAACUAACUGAAAUAUCUCGAAAACGAAGCAACAGAAUUACGAAAAACUGCAAAAGAAGUUACGCUAUAAUUUUAUAUUUCUUUUAAAUAAGAUACUAAAAAUUGUCGUAAUUAGUUAAUAAACAUUCUUACAGUUAAUUGCCCCUUCGUCGUUGUGGAGUUCGUUCCAUUCGGGGAUUUACUGGGAUAUUUAAGAAAAGUGAGAGGUGUACAAGACUCAUGUUAUUUUGACGCUGAUCAUCAACCAAAAACGAAACUAUGUACAUCACAAGAAUUAAUGAAAUUCGCUAUUGAGUCUGCACAAGGCAUGGAAUAUUUAUCAAUGAAGAAGGUAAUGUUGAACUUUCCUCGCGUAAUGAUUAAAUAUUUCAUGAUGAGUUGCUGUAACAUAGUUAUAGUAGGCAUAGCGGUAGAUUUAAAUUGGCAUGUUUGAUGUUUAUUUAUUUUGGCAAAGUUUUUGUUAUCCUGGAUUGUAGAUUACUGCAGAUAUUAUUACACAAGAAUAAUUUCAUACGUAAAUAUUUAUUCACUCAAUUAUUUAUUAACCAUCCAGUAUUGUUGUUAUGGUGUCCAAAUAUAUAUAUCUACACAAAAUCGUACCGAGUCAGCUAGUAUACAGUGAAUUAACAUUUGAAAUGUACAGUAUUCAUGCAGUGACAAAAUAUCUCGUAGAGUUUUACUUUCUUUUGUUUGAAGAUCGUCCAUCGAGAUCUUGCAGCACGCAAUGUUUUGGUUGGUUCAGGGAAGACGUGUAAAAUCACAGAUUUUGGCAUGGCCAGAGAUAUACGACGCAGUGAGAUCUACAUGAGAACACGGGUAAACAAUACAAAUAUUAACUUGAACGUAAUAGACCUCAUGCAUAAUGACGUCACAAGGCUUGAUGCCCGUGAGGAAUGCUGGUCUUAGUAGUCAUCGCCCGGGAAAAUUUCGAUAGUGGCCAUACUAAGAGGCCAUACUAAGUGGCCAUACCGAAUACUAAGACCAGCAUUCCUCGCGGGCAUCAAGCCUUGUGACGUCAUUAUGCAUAAGGUCUAUUUUCCAGUGUAUAGGCAACGUUGAACAAGAUUCAAUAUAAUUGUUGAAGGAUAAAACUAUAUACCUGAAAAUUCAAAUUUAGAAAAUACUUCAUAUUUGAUCAAUACUUCAACAUGGCCAGAAAUACAUUUGUGUCAGUGGAUUUCGGUUUGGACAUGCGUAGUAAAGACCACAAUCCUAUUUCAUUGCAAUGACAAAGUGAAAUUUUUUAAAAGGAAUAUAAAGGAAAAGUGCUAUUUAGAUGGAUUUUAUGAUGGUUUGGAAAUUUUCGCCAUUGUGAAUUGCCAUCUUAUAUCCGCGCGAAAAUCGAUUUCCCACAACGAACAGUGAACUCCGCGGGCACAUGGUAUGACAUACAGUAGUCCGUGCGUUUUAACUGUGGUUUGACCACUUCAAAGCAUGUGAUAUAAAAAAACAAAAAGGUUGCAAGGAACAUGAUUGAUGGAUGAAGGAGGAUGAUUAACACCCUUUAAUUUGCCUUUCUUCACGGCUUGCUGAGCUACGAACUAUUUUUGUCCAGCUUUCACCACCUUAUCCAACACUCUCCCUUGUCAAGUAAAAUCGUCUGUUGUAGACUAAAAAGAAUAAAGUAAGCGCAUCAUCGCGCAUUGCCACUUAAAGGGUUAUUGAACACAAUUUUACAGGGACUUAUUCCAGUGAAGUGGACAGCUAUUGAAUCUAUUCUUCGUGGAAUUUAUACAACAAGAAGUGACGUGUAAGUAUGCAAUAAUUUACUAAUUAGAUCAGGGCGUGGAAUGCCAAGCAACCAGCACUGUCCUCCAAUGUCCCAAUGUUAUUUGGUGAUCGGAUUAACUUUUCAUCCCCUCAAACACUUUUACAUUAACUUAUUUGCAGUAAAAGAUAAACGAUAGGGAGCAUUCGCAAAUUUACGCCAUAUGUGUCGUUUUCUGAACAUCAGAACCGCAAACUUCAAAUCGCAUUUGGUACAUUCUGCAAGUUUUCGACAGCUCAAACUAGUUAAUUCAUACUCAAAUUAAUCAAAUUCGAUGCACAAAUUUUCCCAAUUUCGAGCAUUUAACCUCAAGAUACAAUUUGAUGUUAGCGGCAUUUGCACAGCUGCAAGUCUGCCGUAAAUGUCAAUCUGUAACUCUCUAAAACCUCAUGUCCAACUUGUUUUGGUUUGUAGAUGGAGUUUUGGGAUCUUAUUGUUUGAAAUACUCACAGUAGGUAAGAAAUGACAGUCUUUCCUCUAUUUAUACUCGCCCGUCCCCCCUGCAUUGUAUAAUAAAUUGUGCAAAAUGUCUCCAAAUAUUCCUCUAAUGAUGGUUCUGUAGCUCCCAGUUCAGGACCACUGGGAAAAAGCCCCAGGGGACUGAGCAGAAGAAAGAGUCUCUUUAGAACUUUCUUUGUAAUGCUAGGUGGUUCUCCUUACCCUGGAAUGAAUGGUUACCAAGUGAGAGAUUUCAUUUCUCAAGGAAAAAGAAUUCCGAAACCAAUGCAUGUAGACAACGAACUGUAAGUUUAUAAUGUUUGUGUCUUUAUUUAUUGUUUGUAUAUAGUUACGGGUAGUUUUGGUGUUCUUUCAAUUAAGGACUUCCAAAUAUAUACAUGCAGCAAUGCACGCUGAGUGAAACCGUCGCGGAACCGAAAUAUUUUCUCGCGAUGAUUGAACUCAUGCCUUGGAGGACGCGCAGUGCUUCAGAACCAUCCUCACAGAUAUGAAAAACUUGUUUCAUAUUAUUCUGAAGUACAACCCUUUCAUAAAUUUCCACAUCUUUCUUAAAUUUUUAAUAUUGAAUCCAUGUAGUGAAGUGUAACAUGAAAUAUUUUCCUAGUUACCAAGUCAUGAUGGAUUGUUGGCAUCCAAAUCCACGAAAACGUCCAACAUUCAAACAAUUGGUAUACACAUUGAAACGACUUGAACCAUGCCACGAAGUAAGAUUGAUUAUUACAAAAAAGCAAUUUGGGUUGAUAGGGAUGCAACUGUUACUCCUAUUUCCCUUCACGUAUGGAACAUAACGAUUGCAAAAGAUAUAUAUUUUAUUACUAACAAAAUGUGAACUAUAUAAACUCUCGUUUUACAUGUGCUCGAAGCAACUGUUAAUCUAUAUAUUGUCCCGCGAGUGUCCCACGCGUGAUUCUUGCGUAAUCAUACAACUAAGGGCAGGGGCCCUACACUUUCCCCCUGGAAAGAAAUGUCAAACACGACAUUGAUUCAAUGAAUCAUGAAAUCUCCAACAAUUACAAAUCUUACAAACUUAUCCAACACGAGAUGCUGCAGUCAUUUCGGGCAAGAGUCAGUUCGUUUCUUAUUACUCGUUCCACUAUCGUAUGUUUUCAAAAACAUCGUUUCAAAUUUCAAAACUAACAUGCACUUGAAGUUUCUUUCGAAGAUCACGAUCUUCAGUUCAAUACAACGUUAACGUACUUAUCUAAUUAAAGAACAUUGUUCCACAGUACGGACAAUGAGGUCCGAGGUAUGCGAAGGGAUUAUAAGGUAGGGGGGUUGGCUGCCACAUAUAAGGAAUGGAAUUCAUUGGUGGGAAAGACAUCACUCCUGGGUGACUAGGCCCUACAAAACCGAAAAUAGUGUUCAUACUACCAGGGUAUGAAAUGCCUGUGACUGGGUUACCUGGUGUCCAAUAAUUUAGUCUUGGUGGUGGGUUUCUGUUUCUGCUAGGUCUGGUAUUUCCCAUAGGUGGUGGUGGAAUAGACACAUUUUCCGUUGCUGGCGGUGGAAUGGUUGGUUGUUGUUCAUCAAGGGCCAAUACAUCUGGGUUCUCGACCGCUGGUAACUCUGAGUUGUCUAUCUCAUCAUGUCCGUGCUCGCCGUCUUGAGCUGGUGUCACGGCAUCGGUUACGUCCGCCCCACUCCUCUGAUCAUUCGCCAACGGUACAAAUGUUAACCCAUCUAAUUCGUCUUCAUCUGAUUCCGGUUGACUAGUAGAUCUUGUGCUGGGAGGAACUGUAUUUUCUCUUUGACGACGAGGCGUUUUUUGGUUCAACAGCGGUUCCACGGGAAGUGAACUACACGGUAAGCAUAUUACGAUGAAGAGUUCUACUCGGGCCAUCAGAACUUUCGGGUUUAACUAUAUAGACUGGGCUAUCUUCCCCUCUCCUAGUGACCACGACAUGUAUCUUGUCUUCCCAAUGACUUCGCAGCUUGCAAGGUUUAUCUCGUUUACUCAAAUUUCGUACAAGAACUCUAUCCCCCGGUCGUAACUCCGAACUACGGAUGCGGCGGUCGUAUAGCUUUUUCCCUUUCGCUCUACUUUGUGAACUCCUUUCGUUUGCAAUCUUGUACGCUUCAGACAUCGCUUCGCUCCAGUUGUUAACAUACUCUCUAUAAUUCGGUGACUCAGUUGACUCGCUCUCCAGGUUUAGGAUCAUAUCAAUAGGUAGACGAGGAUGUCUGCCAAAUAAGAGAUAAAAUGGCGAGAAUCCAGUUGACUCGUUACGCGUGCAAUUAUAGGCGUGAACCAUUUUCUGGAGGUGGUCUUUCCAGUGUGAUUUUUGCGUUUCCGGCAGGGUUCGCAGCAUGGCAAGGAGGGUACGAUUGAAACGUUCCACUUGGCCAUUGCCUUGCGGAUGAUACGGGGUAGUCCUUGAAUGUCCAAUACCACACAGUUUUUCCAGUUGUUUGAAGAGGUGAUUUUCAAAUUCUCCUCCCUGAUCGUGAUGGAGUUUUUCUGGAAAACCGAAACGCAAAAUAAAGUCAUUAUAUAACUUUUCCGCCACUGUCUUAGCCGACUUAUUUCGGGUUGCAUAGGCUUGUGCGUAACGGGUAAAAUGAUCCAUUAUAACCAAGAUAUACUCGUAACCGCCACUACUUUUCUCGAGAUGAACAAAGUCUAAAGACACCAUCUGGAAUGGAGCAGUUGUUGUAAUGGACUGUAAUGGUGCUCUAGUUUGGAAAGUAGGAACUUUUUGCUUCACACACCGACAUUUAUGUGAAAUGUAAGAUUCUACAUCUCUCUGCAUGUGCGGCCAAUAGAACCGAGCACGGGCAAGUUCUAGCACCCUAUCUGCUCCUAAGUGACCCAUUUUCUCGUGAAGUUCCUCGUACACCAACCAAUGGAGCUUUUAGGUAAAACUAUUUGAUUCUUCAAACCACUUUUUCUCCGAAGUAAUCCAUGUUUGUCCAAUUCCAACUUGUUCCACUCGUGCAGGAGGUACCGUGUAUAGCGUGAUUCAUUAGAUGUUUUUUCCGAAGUAGGUCUCUCUUUCGAUUCAAUCCAUUUGAUCACCUUGCUAAUUUCUGUGUCAUCUCUUUGGGCAAGUGCGAUCUCGUCACAAGAAAUGGUGUUCAUGGAAACAUUGUUAAUGUGCUUCAUAUCUUCUUCUAACACAUCCUGAUUUGUAGUAAAAGCUGUGAUCCAGCUGAUGUUACUCGCUUGCUGUUCCAAAAUUGAUGACUCUACGGCUUGGAGAGUAUCCAUUGCAAUUUCCUCGGUGCACAUCUCCAUGUAACUAUCGACAUUUGCCAACAACCUUGACAGCGCGUCUGCAUCAGUGUUCACUUUACCGGGGCGGUAUUUGAUAGUAAAAUUGAAAUCUGCCAGUUCUCCGACCCAACGUAAACCCGUUGCAUUAAGUUUUGCGGAAGACAAGAUCUAUGUGAGUGGGUUGUUGUCAGUAUACACUGUAAAUUCCGAGGCAUAAUACAAAUAGUCUCGAAAAUGGUCACAAAUCGCCCACUUUAGUGCAAAAAAUUCCAACUUGCCCGAAUGGUGAUGGUAAUUUCUUUCGGCGGGUGUCAAGCGUCGAGAAGCAUACGCAAUAACUCUUGUUUCACCGUUUUGACUUUGGUACAGGACGGCUCCCAGUCCCUCUUCAGACGCGUCAGUGCACACAAUAAACGGUUUGGUAAAAUCUGGGUAGGCCAUCACAGGUGGAUCAACCAAAUGAUCUAACAGGUCUUCAAGGAUGAGUUGAUGAUCGUUAGUCCACUGCACAAUAGUACUAGAGGGUAACUGUCCUUUCGAUUUCAUAUUAUGUUUGCUAUUUCCUGUCUCUACACCGUCACUCUUAAUUAGAUCGUAUAUUGGUUUCGCUUUUCUAGAGAAAUUUGGAAUGUAUCUCCGAUAGCAAUUUAGCAGUCCCAUUAAACGCCUAACAUCACCAACGUUUUUUGGAGGGGACGACUUCAAAUGGUGGAUAACCUCUACGCCCGCAGGGUCCAUUCGAUAACCGCUUUCUGAAACAAUACGUCCCAAAAACACUACUCUCUCGAACAACUUACACUUUUGAGGCUUUAGCUUUACCCCAUUUUCCCUUAAACGCUGAAAUACCUUCCGAAGAUGUUCCACAUGAUCCUCGAACGUGGCACGAAAUACGAUGACGUCAUCAAGAUACGGGAUACAUAUUGUGUCGCGCAAGUCAUCCAAACAGUUUUCCAUGAAUCUUUGGAAUGCCGCCGGGGCAUUACAAAGACCGAAUGGGAUUCGAACCCAUUCAUAUAAGCCCCAGGGGGUUAUAAAGGCAGUUAGGGCUUGGCUCUCCUCACUCAUAAACCCUUGAUGGUAUGCUUUUCCUUGGUCCAAUACUGAGAACCAUGAAUUUCCCCCAAGACUGUCAAGUGUCUCUUGGAUCCUGGGUAUAGGGUGGCGAUCUGGGAUGCUUUUUUAUUUAGUUCUCGAUAGUCGAUGCAGAGCCGAAGCGUUUGGUCCUUUUUCCGGACACAUACUACAGGUGAACUGUAAGGGGAUGUUGACUUCCUGAUGAAGUUCUUAUUCAAGAGAUCUUCAACAUAACUUUUAACCUCAGGAUAAAGCGGUCUUGGCACUGCUGUGUAGUUCUUUUGUACUGGUGUCUCAUCGUUCAAUUUGAUUGUUACUUUCAGAUCUGGGAUACACCCAAUGUCAUCAUCGUUCUGUGAAAAUGCGUCAGCUUCUUGAGCUAACAUCCUUAGCGCAACUGAUCUUUGUUCUGGUGUUAACCCCUUUAAGUCAAUGUUCUUGAUGUGGUCAGGGAUGCCCACCAUGGGCUGGGUUUCAUUAGUGAAAGCAACAGAACAUUCACUAACUUUACAAGUUUGGUCUACCUGAGAACCAUUCUCAACGGUUUCCUCUCUCAAUUUUACUGGUAUUGCGGUUACAGACCGUACCAGUUGUAAUCGUCCUAACACUGUCCGUCGCUUAAUAACAAUAUCAUGAUUUGUUGGGUUAUUCGCCUGCACUUCGAUAAAAUUAGUCUUCCCUUUCUUUACUGUUAGCAAUGUCUCAUUGAUUUCUAGGCAGGAGGGCCAAGGCAUUGUUUCAUCUGGUUCGAAUAAAACUGGGGUAGUCCCACAAAUUGGACCUGUAUUAACUCGACACUGAAUGUUUACCUGUUUACCACUUGGUAUAACAACGUCUCUUUUGCUUGUUUUUACAUUGCAUAAAUAAUCACUGUCAGCACUUUGAACAAAGUUAAUUAAUGCUUGUGCUGCACUAUUGUCAAGUCCAACAAAUGAAGAUUGAAUUUCUGACAAUAAAUCAUUGUGUUUAUUUGUCACAAUUUCUUCAAUCACAUUGUAGCCUAUUAUUGGGUGCUCAAUUGUUUCAGUUGUAACCAAAAAUGGCACAC